AUGGAUAAUAACAAUGUUUGGUUGUUUUAUCCAAAUCUAAUUGGAUAUGGUCGGAUUGUAUUGGCAAUUGUGUCAAUGUAUUACAUGUCAACUGCUCCAUUCACUGCAAUUGUCUGUUAUGCACUUUCUGCCGGUCUUGAUGCUUUUGAUGGUUGGGCAGCUCGAACUUAUAAUCAAUCAAGUCGAUUCGGAGCAAUGCUCGAUCAAUUGACUGAUCGAUGCGCAUUAUUGUCAAUUGUUAUGGCAUUGUGUAAAUUCUACCCAAAUUGGCUCUUCUUUUUACAACUUUCUGCUGUUAUCGAUAUUGCUUCCCAUUGGUUGCAUUUACAUGCAACUGAUUUGUCUGGUGCAAAUUCUCACAAACAAAGCUCCAAUCCAAUUCUCCAUCUUUAUUAUACUAAUCGUACUUUCCUUGGAUUAAUGUGUGGUGGAAAUGAGGCAUUCUACAUCUUCCUUUACAUCCGCGCUUUCUGGCCAGGUUAGUUCCAAGUUUAAAUCGGAUAGUUUUUCAAAAUGUUCAUUUUUUUAGGACCGUCGAUUCUCGGAGCUCAUUUCAUGUCAAUUCUUGCCUUUUUUGCUUUCUUCGUUGCUUUCAUAAAAACUGCCAUCAGCAUUGUUCAUCUUUUUACUGCUGCCGAAAUGGUUGUUGCACAUGAUAUCAGACUUCGCCAAGAAAGGAAUGAAUGA